AUGUUGUUACGUGACACAGUAUAUAUGUUAUAUCAAAUUAAUACGCAACACAGGCGUGAGAGUGAAGUAUUUCGUGUGUUAGUGAAGUACAAUAAAAACACAAAUUUUAUAUUUACAAGGAAAUCUUUACAUAAGGAAAUAUUAUAAUAAUAGAUUAAAUAGCAAAGCACGAGAACAUUGAUGGUAUGAGUGAUUGUUUGAUAAAGUUCCCUACCAUAGGAAUUCAUGAUGAGAUGGAUUUUUUUAGGGACUACGUUGUUUGGAUGAACUACCCCUAAUGUAUUUAUAGGGAGGUGAAACAAAAUAAAUGAAUACUCGCUCACCCUUGUUGAAAACUCGAAUAUUUUAGAAUUGUUUUGUUUUUUAGUUACAUAUUUUUUAGUUGCUCUCCCUCUGUAUAAUUUUUCAAUUCAAAUUUUUAAAAGUAAUUUCGUAUAUGUAAUUCUAAUUCGCUUGUCUUCACCAUUUUAAUUUUCACAUGAAAAGUAUGAUUCUGUGUAUCCCAAUGGAAAUCAUUUUUGAAAGUACAUUAGGUAUAUGUCAGUUACGACGCUUAUAUCAUGCCGGCAUAUUUCCAAUCAUAACGAUGAUAUGUAUGCGAGUACGCGAGCGGAUCUACAUGUAACAUCUAAUCUUUAAUUAAAUUGGCCUAUUUUUUUAUGAAAAGUAUGCUGGCGUGAAGCGUUCAUAGUAUUACUCGUUGUCAACAUCGGUAUUUUCAAUUCUUAAAUUUAUAUUUUACUUUAAUUUUUGUUGUAAUUCCCAGCCGUUAAAGUAGACAUACCAAAUCUAUCAAGUAGUAGUGUAUUUAUACGUGCAUUAUUUAUACGUGCAUUGGUUAUACGUGCAUUGUUUAUACGUGCAUUAUUUAUAAGUGCAUUAUUUAUACGUGCAUUGUGUAUACGUGCAUUGUGUAUGCGUGCAUUAUUUAUGCGUGCAUUAUUUAUACGUGCAUUGUGUAUACGUGCAUUGUUUAUACGUGCAUUAUUUAUACGUGCAUUAUUUACCACCGCAGCGCGUUCAUGAGGAAGUGACAAUCAUUACGAUUUGUAGAAAUAUCAAAGGCAAAAACAUUGGAAAUACAAUGCAAAUAUUGUCUAAUGUUAUCAUGAAAUUGUAAGCAGAAGAAAUGUGGAGUUGUACCCAAUUUGAAAUACAUGUAACAAUUUUGCAGAUCUUGUUUUAGUCAACAACUUGAUGAGUAUAUUAUUGGUAACUAUUUAAGAGGUUUGCAUGACUAGUAGUAUUUUUCUACUUUUCUGUUAUGUGUUCAUUUUUUUCUUUUAUCAUUAAAAAAAAUGCGGUGGAAUUAAUCUCCAAUUUCACUAACAGUACAUACAUGUAAAUCACCGAGUCUGAUCUACAUUUAAAAACCUGACACAUCCACAGAUAGCUUAUGACAAAGACAUCUAAAUGUAUGUGAAAAAAAAUAUUUAGAUAAUCAGAUCCACGCCAAUGAUAGUGAGAAGAUCGGGCAUUUAAAUUGGCAAUCGUACACCAUCGCAAGGCAUUCAAGGAUAUCUCAAAAUACCUAAGUGUGUCGCAAAAGUUUCUUGGCAACAAUUGGCAUCAAUGAACACCAUUUCCUAGAAUCAAGUAUUAAUGAUAAGACAUUUCUAAAGCACCCAAUUUCAAUUUGACGAAAUGAUAUUCAUGCCAGAAAUCCUGUACCCUUUAAAUAUUGAACAACAACCCACUCCUCAGGUUAUAAAAUAUGCCUGACUGAUUUCAAUUCUUAUUUCUCUGUGUAAGCAAGAUUUUGUGAACCAGUUAGCUAGGAUCGCUUUGCUUGUCAGGAUUGUUGAUAAAAGGUAUGCUGAAAUUAUUACAAAUUGUAUAAUCAAUGAAAGAAUUCUGGAACAUGGGCAUGCAAGUCCUGGUAUAUGAGGAAGUGAAUUUCCGAAUAGGCAUUUCUUUUUAAACGGUCGUAUAUCCAUAAUAUAAUGAUUUCCAUUUUAAUCCCAUUUUAAGUUUACAUGACAUCCGAGUAUGUGGUUUGUUAAGUGGGCAUAUAUUUUGUUAAACUCUGCAUGUUUUCUAUCCCCUCUCAAAUGUACUAGUAUACAAUACGUAGAUCUUAAGAUAAGUUAUACUCCAUAGCAUGUUACAGGAUGUCGUACAUAUUUGUAAGUUACGGAAGGAUGUUGGUGCCACAUAUAAAUAGAUUAUCUGACGACUACCACUUAGAUAUGCUGGUGGUUAGACGUUUAACAUACAGGUAGGUAUUGACUGUGCCUUCGUCCAGCGCCCGGCAUUAGAAGCGACAAAUUAUAUUCUUUCAAGUAUGACCUUAAUACAAAAGGACGAUAAUGGACCCUCACUGAUAUGGACCUGAACACUAUGCUUAGGUCAAAAUUUGUGGCACUUCACUUCAAGCUGAAGACUUGUCUGCAUGAAUGAAUAAUUCUUAAAUGGGAUAUAAAUCAAUAUGCAAAAGGUGACGAUACCGAACAGUGAUCAAUCCCAUCAAAUAUAAUUUAAAAAAACUGGGUAAAAACGGACCCUGGAUAUAACAGAGGUGGGACUAGGUGCCUAGGAGGCUUAAACAUCCUCUGUUGACCGGUCACACACACCGUAAGCAGGGACAUUGAUUAAUCCGUAAUCAAAAUCAAAUAUGAAAAGAACGGCCCAACGAUUCUCAUGAAACAUACCAGAUAUUAUUCGACUCAAUGACAGGCUGUAUUUGCAAAUAAGAUCGGUGUGACCGGUCAACGGUGGAUGCUUGAGUUACCUUUCCUUUUCACCUGAUCCCGUUUCUGGUAUGUCCAGGGGUCCUUGUUUGCAUAACUCUUAAUUUUGUAUUCUUUUUAGGAGUUAUGAGCUUGAUCAGUGUUUCUUAUCUUCAUUGUCCUGCGGGGCCUCCGUGGUCGAGUGGUUAGAGCAUCGCGCUCAAAAUCACACGGCCUCUCACCUCUGUCGGCGCGAGUUCGAAUCCCGCUCGCGCCGGUAAGUGAGAAAGUUUCCCAGUUUCCCACUUUCGGAAGGUCCUUGGUCUCUUCCCAGGUACUUGUAUCUGGGUUUUCUCUUCCACCAAUAAAAACUGGGCGCCACCAGAUAACUGAAAAAUUGUUGAGUGUGGCGGAAAACAUCAAUCAAUCAAUCAAUCAAUCAUUGUCCCGUCAUUAAAAUAAAAUUCCUAGAAUCGGUGAAAUGCUUACUGUACAGGACCACGGUACGCUGAAGCAUCAGUAACAUUAAGUUUGUAUUAUUAGAUAUAUACUAACAAUACACAUACAAAGGAAAUAGAAAAACAUGACAAAUCAUAUCCUUAUUUAGUAUGAAAUGUAAGUAUCCUGCUGAGAUAGUGUAAAUUCAUUGUUGACAACAUACUCGAGUUAGUUCACAUCCUGGUCACAAUAAAUCCCGGAAUAGGAGGGCAACAAGGUAUAGAGCAGAGUUUUGAUUGGUCGUCUGAUGAUAUCUGUGCCGACUGUACUCAUAGUUGUAGCUAUAGUAGCAGGCUUUGCAGCAAUGUUCUGGACUCGAGACAACAGAAAUCUCCCACCCAGGGAGCCGGGGCUACCCUUUGUAGGAAAUGUGGAGAUGAAGCCAGAAUCUCCGUACUUUCUCGAACUGCAGAAGAAACAUGGUGAUUUGUUCACACUGAAGAUAUUUGGUCAAACGAUAAUCGUGGUUUGUGGUUAUGACACAAUCAAAGAGGUGAUGGUCAAGAAUGGAGAAAUAACGUCCGGUCACCCCGUAGCUUUCGGAUUUACGGAGUAUUUCGAACUUUCAGGUAUUGCUGGAGGAUCUGGGUCCAUUUGGAGAAAUCAGAGGAAAUUCGGACAUGAUACAUUACAAGCUAUCGAUUCUGGAAGUGAUAAUCUUGAAUCCCGCGUUUCAGGGGAAGUGGCAGAUUUCCUCCAAGAGGUAGAGAAAAUGGAAGGCAAACCGUUCGAUGUAAGCAGACUCAUAAAAACAAGCCACUACAACAUAAUGUCGUCUCUACUCUUCGGAGAGAGAUUUGCCCACAGCGACGCCAAUCUUACUCAACUCGUGGAUUUAGUAGACGAAGGCAUGGCCAUCUUUCCUGAGCAAGGGAUUCUGGGCUUCGUCGAAUGGCUGAAGUAUCUUCCUGGAGAUCGUUUUAAGGUCAGGCGAAGACGAUUCCUGGUAGACGAAAUCUUCAAAAUUGUUCAGAAAUCAGUGGACGAGCACAAAGAAACGUUGGAAAAUCCCAAGAGCCAAGAUUUUAUAUACAGUUUCUUGAACGAACAGAAGAGGAGAAAAUUGAAUAAUGAAGAUAUGACAGGGUUUGGGGAUAGAGACCUCCUGGUCAUGGGCUAUGUACUGUAUUUUACCAGCACACCGUCAGUUCACGAAUUAUAUUGGUACAUCUUGUUCCUCAUUCAUAACCCAGAUGUGGUUGUACACAUGCGCAAAGAAAUACAGGAAAAUGUUGGGAUGAACAAAUCCGUGACAAUGGCAGACCAAGCGAAGCUUCCUUACUGCCGGGCCGUGAUGUAUGAAGUCCUGCGUGUCUCUGAUACUGUCGUCAUCCCUCCUACACAUACAUUCUCAGAGGACAUCGAAGUCAAAGGUUUUACGCUCCCAAAAGAUGCUUGGUUAAUACCGGCAUUAUGCACUGUCAACCUGGACCCGGCUAUUUUCCCCGAGCCAGAGAAAUUUAAACCAGAGCGAUUUCUGAAUGAGAAUGGGGAACUGGCUGGUUAUGAGAAGGUGUACGCUUCAUUUUCUCUAGGCCCGAGAGAUUGUUUGGCCAAGAACCUUGGUAAAAUGGAAAUGUUUCUUUUCCUUACAACACUGGUGCAGAACUAUGAUAUUGAAAACGAGGCCGGGAAACCUCUGCCCUCUCUGGAUGGGAUGUCAAGAGGAUUUCGUACUGCCAUUCCCUACGAAGUUUGUUUGAAAAAGAGAAACUAAAUCAACGGGCGAUAAAAGCCAUCGAUUAUGCAUUUAAUGUAUUUUUCUGCUUUUGUUUUAUAAUAACAUUAUUUAUUUUUACGGACAUGUACCACGAAUCAUGAAUUAGUGCGUCUGAAAAAAUGUGUCUCUGGAUUUCAUUUGAAGAUGCAUUGAUAGUAACCUUCUGGUGUAUAAACGAUGAUGACUUUAAGAUAUGAUAUUACAAUAGAACGUUAUCGAGUUUUUAAUUGAAAGUGCAUACAUGUAUUUAUAAAGCGACAUCAGUGUUUUUGUGAAUAAUGUUCCAAAUGUGCCGUUUUAAGAGUAAUUGGAAAUUAAAUCCAAUUUUCAAAGUU